UCAUUGUUUACAGGGAAGGAAAUGAACCUGGAGAUGAGAAGACUGUUACCUACAGAGAACUGCUUCAGCAAGUCUGCAAGUUUGCCAAUGUCCUCAAGUCACAAGGCGUGAAGAAAGGUGACCGUGUUUCUAUUUACAUGCCCAUGGUUGUGGAGCUGGUGGUGGCCAUGUUGGCCUGCGCUCGGAUUGGAGCAGUCCACUCUAUUGUGUUUGCCGGCUUCUCCUCUGAGUCACUGUGCGAAAGGAUCAUGGACUCUCAAUGCUGUCUUCUUAUAACAGCUGAUGGCUUUUACCGUGGUGAUAAACUGAUAAACCUGAAGCUUAUAGCUGAUGAGGCUCUCAAGAAAUGCAGAGACAAGUCUUUCCCAGUGGAGAAAUGUAUAAUGCUGAAACACCUCACCAAGGAGGAUGAGGCAUCUUCCGGCUCACUGUCGCCCCCAGCAAAACGAGCCUGUCCCGACCUACAGCAGGAGAAACAGAAAGAAAGAGUAAGGAAGGUCCGUCCCCCUCCACAGGUGCCGUGGAAUCCAGAGGUCGAUAUGUGUUGGCACUCUCUGAUUGGUGGAGCAUCGGAGGAGUGUGAGCCUGUCUGGUGUGAUUCAGAAGACCCGCUCUUCAUCCUCUACACCAGCGGCUCUACUGGAAAACCUAAGGGUGUAUUGCACACAGUGAGUGGAUACAUGCUCUACACCGCCUCCACCUUCAAGAUGGUGUUUGAUUAUCACUCUGACGAUGUUUACUGGUGCACCGCUGACAUCGGCUGGAUCACCGGCCACUCAUACAUCACGUAUGGGCCCUUGGCCAAUGGGGCGACCAGUGUGUUGUUUGAGGGUCUUCCAACGUACCCAGAUGUGAGCCGAAUGUGGGAGAUUGUUGAUAAAUAUCAUGUCUCAAAGUUCUACACGGCACCCACUGCCAUCCGGCUCCUGAUGAAGUAUGGCAGUGAUCCCGUUCACAAAUAUAAGCGAACUUCCCUGAAGAUUUUGGGUACAGUCGGUGAACCAAUAAACCCUGAAGCCUGGCAGUGGUACUACAAUGUGGUGGGCGAGAAGAGAUGUCCGGUGGUGGACACAUUCUGGCAGACUGAGACGGGUGGGCACGUGAUGACGCCACUGCCAGCCGCUACGCCAAUGAAGCCCGGCUCUGCUACAUUUCCCUUUUUUGGGGUUGUACCUGCUAUUCUGAAUGAGUCAGGAGAGGAACUUGAAGGACCAAGUGAAGGCUAUCUGGUGUUUAAACAGCCAUGGCCAGGUGUGAUGAGAACAGUAUAUGGGAACCAUCUGAGAUUUGAGACCACCUAUUUCAAGAAAUUUCCUGGAUAUUAUGUGACUGGAGACGGUUGUCGCCGAGAUAAAGACGGCUACUACUGGAUCACUGGACGAAUAGAUGACAUGCUGAAUGUUUCUGGGCACUUACUGAGCACUGCAGAGGUGGAGUCGGCUCUGGUGGAGCAUGAAGCCGUGGCGGAGGCAGCGGUUGUGGGAAGGCCUCACCCUGUCAAAGGCGAGAGUCUCUACUGUUUCGUCACCCUUAAUGAUGGAAUAAACUACAACCAAAAGCUGGAGGCGGAGCUUAAGAAGCAAGUGAGAGAGAAGAUUGGUGCCAUUGCUACACCUGACUACAUUCAGAAUGCUCCUGGCCUUCCCAAAACCAGAUCAGGUAAAAUCAUGCGUCGGGUACUACGGAAGAUAGCAUGUAAUGAGCGGGAUCUGGGUGACGUGUCCACAUUAGCGGACAGCUCCGUCAUUGAACAUCUGUUUGAAAACCGCUGCUAUACAGCUGUGUGACCACCAGAGGCACCAAACACAACGCCGCUGUCUGGCCCAAAACAAGCUUCAGAUCUGCAAGGAGUACGAUCGGGUGGAAUUUAGGACAACGCUAGUAGCAGACAAAAUGGGGGAAAAUAAAAAAUAAAAAGCUUAGAGACACAUAAAUCCUACUGCUGUCUGCCAACCUUAAGAAAUCUGUAGGAAACCCUAAGUUUGACAGUGGCACAGAGUUUUAACUGCUUUUUUACAAGAUCCACUUGUAUAUUAGAAAUCGUUUUACCCAGAAGUUUAUUUUUCUUAGCGUUCUUGUUUUGGUUGUUUAUGAUUUCUUCUCUUUUCUCCAUUUCCUGUUCAUUUAUUAAUCUUUAUAUGACUGCACUGUUCUACUGUGUGCCAACAUAGCCUAAAUAACGGGUUAUCAGUUUGUUUUUUCACCACUAAAAUGAGAAAUCAAGACUGUAUGUCUCUUUUUUUGUGUGUGUAACUUGUAACAGCGCUGUGUUAAAUCGCUGCUUUGGUAGAAGGUUUACUUGUUUUAACAUUCAGGCUAAAUGUAUAGAGCUUUCUAUACAAGGCAAGGCAUCCAUUAACGUACCAAAAUAACAUGCAGAUGUUUUAAUUGGUAUAAAAUAAACCAUGUUUAUUUAAAUACUGGAACAGUUUGCGAAAGAGCUUUGAUUGACUGCGUAAAGGCUGUUAGUCUGAAAAUGUAAUUAACCGGAGUUAAUGCUCUGACCUUCAUGAUGGUUGGCGCACUGCAUUUAUCAAGUCAUAUUUGUGUUGAAAUCUGCCAUUUCAUAUUGUGAAGAAGAUUUUCAGAUGAUUUGUUUGUUGGUGCAUCUCUCAUGCACCAGUAUUGCAUUUCUGGAUUGUGUUUGUUAUUUUAGUUGUCUGAUUUAUUUUCUUUCAGCUUGGCAUUAUUUUUUCAGUGCGUUUCUCAACCCUCUUAACACUUACAAGCUUAUAUGAUGAGCGACUGAACUUUUGAAAUUAAGACUGUUUUUUUUUUUUUACCUGUUAUUUUUCUUUUCAUUAAUUUUCCUUGUAAUCAAUUCAUUUGAGCAGACUAAUGUCUCAAAUAGAACUGGGUGAAUUAAAGUGCUGAAAUGCAAACAAA